AUGACCGACGGCAGCUCUUCGCCGCAACCAUUUAACGUUUACAUCCUUGAAACUGAACCAGCUAUAUUUUAUUACAGACAUUGCACAAUGGCAUUCAAAGCAUAUCAUAAUGAUGGGCAAGCCAUCUUCGGUACCUCUCCAAAACUGGACCUUCUGCACGAGAAUCAUGACUACCCCUUCGCCCACGAAGCGGGCGUCUUUAUUCCCGAGCACAAUUCCAUCUUCAUCACGAGCAACCAAUACAGUGAUCCACAAACUGGACAGCGGAAAAUCCAGAUAAGUAAAGUCGACCUUUCUCCCGAUGGGGCGUUCCUUGGCUGUGAGGAGAUCGAUGCACCGGCUGUGCCCAUGGCCAACGGAGGCGUGAACUACAAAGGCGGUAUUCUCUUUUGUUCGCAAGGCACAUUGGAUGAGCCUGGUGGCCUUGUCUUUAUGGAAUCUGCGCCCCCGUAUCGCUGCUCGACUCUUAUCAGUUCGUUCCAUGGAAGAGAUUUCAACUCUGUCAAUGAUGUGGUUGCCCACUCUGAUGGGUCUAUCUGGUUCACUGAUCCUAUCUAUGGAUAUGAACAAGGUAUACGCCCUAAACCAAGAUUGCCAUGCCAAGUCUAUCGAUAUGAUUCCAGCGAUGAAUCUAUAAGGGCGAUUGCAGAUGGAUUUGGAAGGCCGAAUGGUAUCUGCUUUAGUCCUGAUGAGAAGAUUGUUUAUAUCACUGAUACGGACUGGAUACACGGCGAUGGAUCAACCGAUGAUUCGCGCGUGUCAAACAUAUAUGCCUUUGACGUAAUGCACUACUCAGGCCAACCGUUUCUCUCCAACCGAAGGCUUUUCGCCAUGGCUGAUGUUGGCGUACCCGAUGGAAUCAAGUGUGAUACAAGCGGCAACGUCUACAGUGGCUGUGGUGAUGGAGUCAGUAUCUGGUCGCCAGGUGGAAUAUUACUAGGCAAGAUUCUUAUCGAGGGCGGCGUUGCAAACUUUUGCUUCGGCAUAAACGGCGAACUUUUCAUGCUUAAUGAAAGCAAAAUGUGGCGAGCACAGCUUGGCAGUGGCGUGAAGGGAGCUUUACUCAAUAUUUAA